GAGUUUAUUAUAAGUUGAGACAAUUUUAUUUUGUAGGUACUGAAAAUAAAUAAAUAAAAAAUAAGGUAUUUGAAAAAUAACAUAUUUAAUCAUAAUUUCUAGAACCCCUAGGCGGUAGUCGAGCGCUUAGCGACUUCUAGAACACCGUAAAUAUCAAGUAAAGAAGAGUACGAAUGACCUAAAAGCAUCUUGAAAAUUAUACAAUUAUAAAACAACCUCUACUGCAUCCUUCUGUUAAUUCUCCGUUUGGAUUUGUUUUCAAGUGUUGUCGUGAUAAAGAUACUUUUUUAUGCUCUAGUCUUCUUCUGAGAUACGACUAAUGAGCUGUUUUGUCGGUAUGCUGAAGUUCCUUCAUACGAAGACACCUAAAUUGGAGGUGAUAUUGCGGGUGUAUGGAAGUGUUUAGAUGGAUUCUAUCUCUAACUCUGGAUUAAGGUUGUUAAUUUUGAUAUGUUUAGUGUUUUGACUUUUGCUAACUGCUGAGAUUUGCAAAAUUUCAAGUUCUGGGAGUUAUUCUGAGGAACCAUAUAUAUGCAUUCUAAUUGCAGUUGACCUUGAAAAUCGCUUUAGAAUGUUAAGACAACUGCAAGAAUCAAAAUUGGACUUCUGUUUGUUGGCUUUUUUUAAUUCUUAGUAUAUGAUUUAGUAGAUGGGAGACAACCAAACCAAUGGUACUGUCCGUUAUAAGUUCUUUAAAUUCUUCAAAUGUUUUAUGCUAUAAAUGCAUGUCUUCUUUUUUAUUUUCUUCUUUUCUCCACCAUGCUGGCAUGUUAAAAUCUCUUACCGUAUCUACCUUCUUCUGUUGUAAUUGUAGUAAUGGAAAAUUACAAGAAUGUACCUGAGUUUGUCUAUGAGCUUACACCCCCACAGAUGGAUAGGUUCAUGACAAAGCAUAGUCCCAUCAACCAACUAUCGACAAACGUGAAAGAGGAAACCCUUACAGCUGCGUACAGUUACUUGAAUGAUGCUGGAAUGAAUAGACUGUCAGGAAGUAUGAAUCCAAGCAUGACUGCAAGCAUGAGUCUAGACAUGAUGGACCUAGAAACUGAAGAUGAAGAAGAUGAAGAAAGCACGGAAGAUGAUCCUCCUGAUUUGCCGUCUUUGAUUUUAGAUUCCCGCGUUGUCUAUUUGGGCAUGCCUCUUGGGCCGUCCGUGGUUGAGCUUAUUGUUGCACAAUUGAUGUAUUUGGAUUAUAGGAGCGGAACUCAGCCGAUAUAUCUAUACAUCAACUCAACGGGCACCCAGAAUGAGAACGGGGACAUUGUUGGAUCUGAAUAUGGCGCAUAUGCAAUUGCUGACACUAUAUCUUUUUGCGAAGCUAAGGUGUAUACCCUAAAUAUGGCACAGGCGUAUGGCCAAGCUGCAAUGCUUCUGUCUCUUGGAGAUAAAGGCUGUCGUGUAUUGCUGCCACAUACAAGCACACAAUUGUACCUUCCGAAAGACCCCAGAACAGGUGGAAAUGCCACUGACAUGUGGGUUAAGGGGAAAGAGAUAGAUGUAAUGACGGACACUUACCUGAAUUUCUUGUCCUAUGGAACCGGGAAGUCCAAGGAAGAACUUAAAAACGACAUGAAGUGGAAAAGGGCUUACAAUUCACAAGAGGCUAUUGACUAUGGCAUUGCUGACAGGAUCAUUUACACUAUGGACGGCUCCAGCAAACCGAAGCCAGACAUACCGCUGGUGGUGAAAGAAAUUGUGCGGGCAGCAGAUGGAGUGGAAUCCGAAGCCUGAAAUGUUUUGUAUUUGAGACAGGAUUUAAGGGUAUGUAUCGAAAUAUUUUUAUUGUAAGGGCCUAGAAAGAUAUAUCACACAACUGUUGGACCUACUUUUCCUGUUAGAUGGUGCCACAUUGUAAUUUGAAAAUAAUAUAACUAAAAAAGGGUAUAUGUUUGAUGGAAUAGUGCUUUUAUUUGUUAUUUGCCCAGGUUUAGAUGUAGCAAGUGGCCACCUUCAAUGUGAGAAUGUAUAUGAUUUGUUAAUUUCCAUCAAUGUGGUGGCAUUGUUGUAAUUUUGUUACUAUUACUCGCACAACAUGUCAAACACAGUAUAAGGUUUGCAAUAGAACAAGAGAAGAAUAAUCUAUGAUGGUGUUGGA